AUGGCUGGCGGUAGUAGGCUCACUCAGCCGCGAAGUUCCUCCAAUCCGACAGCCGGAAAUGAGUCGAACACAGCGCUAAUCGCGGUGGGAAAUCCGAUCGCUGUGACGGAACUUCCGCCGCCCUCAUUCCACGUGGACGUGGCGAUUGCGGGCGGCGGGCUCGCGGGGCUCGCGCUCGCCGCCGGCCUGCAGUCGCGCGGCGUCGAGGCGGCCGUUUUCGAGGCAGCGCCCGCGCUGCGAUCGAGCAACAGCACCGUCCUCGUCAUCUGGCCGAACGGCGCCGCCGCCCUCGACGGAAUCAUGCCCGGAUUGAGCGCUUCCGUGGCGCGACACGGGACGCUGGUCAACCGGCGGAGGCUCUACAACCGGCGCAAGCCGCCGCCGCCGUCGUCGGCGCCAGGCGGAGCGGAAAGCGGGCCGGGGGAAAGCGGGUGCGCGGAACGCGAUGUAAGUGGCGCCAGUGGCGCAAGGGCAGGUGGCGGAAGUGCGGUUGGGGGCGACGGAGCUACACCAAGUUCUGAUUGGAUGGUGGCGGAGACGGAAGAAGCGGGGCUAAAUAUGGUGCCCUGGCGGCGCAUCCAAGAGGCACUCGCGUCGGCGCUGCCUCGGCCUGAUUUGGUGCAUUGUGGGCAUUGCGUGGUGGGGUACCGCCCUGUGUUGACGCGCAGGGAUGGCGGGGAGGGGGCAGCGGGCGAAACGGGGGGGACGGGGUGGGCACGGGAAGCGGGCGGAAGAGCGGGGGGAGCAGGGAGAGUGAGGGGAGCGGGAGAACCGGGGGAGGGGAGUGAAGCAGGGGAAGGAAGUGAGGUGGAGGCAGUAGAUGUGAUCUGUGAGGUCGCGGGUUCGAAUCCUGGCGAGACGCAAAUAGUGGUUGUGAGGGCGAAGGUGCUGGUGGGGGCUGAUGGGGUGCGAUCAGCUGUGAGAUACAUGGACUAUGAAGUAGACCCCACACUCCAACCCCCCUUCGCAAGCUUCCCCAGCGGGCAGGGCAUUAAAGCCCUUCUCCUCGCACUCAACCCGUCCUCUCCAACCCUCCCAUUCUCCUAUCUCUCCCUUUCUCGAGGUGUGGUGCGAUACGUUGAUUAUGAAAUGGACCCCACACUCCAAGACACCCCCUUUGCAGGCUUUGGCAGCAAGCAGAACAUUAAAGCCCGCCUGCUCCCUCUCAUCCAAGCCAACCUCCCCCACCACCCCCUUUGGAAACGAGCCUUUCAAGAAGCUUCCUCAACCCCGGAGAAUCUAAUCUUCGAGCGCCGCCAGCUGGAUCGUCCGCCGCCUGCUUACUCAUGGAGCGACCCUGUAUGCGGUAAAAGGGUUGUUCUUAUAGGGGAUGCGGCUCAUGCCAUGGAUCCUGGGCCGGGGCAGGGGGCACUGACAGGGUUUGAGGAUGCUCACCAGUUGAGCCUGUGCUUGAGUGAGGCUCGGGAUCCGGACCUGCUUACCAAGCCUGCUGCUGUGGCUGCGGCGGUUCGGGAGUUUGAGGCUCGGCGGAUAGGGCGGUGCUUGAAGGUGCAUCGGCAUGCGACUGGGCUGAUUGGGUAUGGGGAGGAGGGGAGGGAGUUCAAGAGGAGGAGUGUGAUGGAUCAGAUGAAAGCUAGCAUGGAGUUCACGAGGUGGAUGUAUGCUUACCCUGACAAGAUCGACGGCGAUCAAGAUUCCACCCUUUUCCAGUAA